UUUAUUAUUUCUCUCUAAUUUUCCCCAAAAGUUUACACUUUGCCCUUUAUUAUUAUCAUUGCAUUCCAAAUCUGCUAAAUUUAUCAAUUUUGGUUUUAGGGUUUUGUUCUCCAUAUGGGCUCAAUACAUCUGCUGUGGUUUUAUUUUAAAUUUAAUUUUAGAUUUAGGGUUUUGCAGUAAUCUUGGUUGAUGGGUAUCUUUUGUUACGGAGCAGAGUACAUAUUUUGGAUUCCUUUUUAGCAUAGGUUUGAUCUGAAACACCCUUGAUUCAACUAUGUAUUUACUGCUAUCUGUUGGUCUGUCCUCGAAGGGGAAUCGAAAAAAAAAUUAAGGGCUUUUUAAGCUGAUUAAAAUUAUGCUCCAAGUGUAUGUCGAUUCUGAUUUAGUGAUACAGCAACUUCUUUAGCAGUUUUUUGUUGGUUUCUAGCAACAAAUGGAGUCCUUUUUAACUGUUCCUGUCCUCCGCCCAUGUUCGUGUUGCUAUCCGCCUGCAUUUGUUGCUGUGCAUUAUGUACAUCCUUGCAGGUUCCGUUCGUUUUCCCUAAUGGUUAAUGAGGAUUUAGGUUAAUUUGGGGUCCAUGUAACUGCAGUUAGUGGAUGAUAAGACGUGGGGCGUGAAACACAUGGCAGACGGCUCUGGAGUUGAGGACCGGGUGGAUUUUGAAGAAGAAGAGGACAAUUACAUGGAGGAUGAUGGUGAAGAUCAAGUAGAAGUGGAGGGAGAUGACGAUGAUGACGAUAAUGAUAAUAACAGUGCUGAUGGGGAAGUCGAGAAUAAUGAAGAGGAAGAUGAGGACUCAAAAACUGAUGGUAGUCAGCGAGACCAAUCGCCGGAAAUGGACAGAAGUCGAGCUGAUUCAGAGCCUUUGGAAGAUGAAGAAAAGCCCACUGCCUCUCUCAGUGAAGAGGAUAAAGAGAAGCAUGCUGAACUUCUUGCCCUUCCUCCCCAUGGUUCUGAAGUUUUCAUCGGUGGGCUUCCAAAGGAUGCGUCAGAAAAUGAUUUGAGGGAUCUUUGCGAACCAAUAGGCGAUAUAUUUGAGAUAAGGUUAAUGAAGGAUAAGGACACUGGUGAAAGCAAAGGAUUUGCUUUUGUUGGAUUUAAAUCAAAAGAGGUUGCAAAAAAGGCCAUUCAAGACCUUCACAGUAAGGAAUUUAAGGGGAAAACUUUAAGGUGUUCUAUUUCUGAAACCAAGAACCGAUUGUUUAUUGGUAAUAUCCCAAAGAACUGGACGGAGGAUGAAUUCAGAAAAAUUGUAGACGAAGUCGGUCCUGGAGUUGAUGUCAUUGAACUAAUAAGGGAUCCGCAAAUUCCAGCACGUAACCGUGGUUUUGCUUUUGUGCUGUAUUACAACAAUGCAUGUGCUGAUUAUUCCAGGCAGAAAAUGUUAGAUUCGAGUUUUAAGCUGGAUGGAAAUACCCCAACUAUCAGUUGGGCUGAUCCAAAAGGAACACCUGAUCAAUCUGCUGCUGCUGCUCAAGUUAAGGCUCUAUAUGUGAAAAACAUCCCUGAGAACACCAGUACUGAGCAGCUGAAGGAAAUAUUCCAACAGCAUGGGGAUGUGACAAAAGUUGUUAUGCCACCUGGAAAAGCUGGUAAACGAGAUUUUGGGUUCAUUCAUUAUGCUGAAAGGUCAAGUGCAUUGAAGGCAGUCAGAGACAGUGAGAAAUACGAAAUUGACGGCCAAGCAUUGGAGGUUGUCCUUGCCAAGCCUCAGGCUGAUAAAAAACCUGACGCGGUUUAUCCUUAUUCUGCUGCACUUCCUCCAGGCCAUGUUUCACAUCCUGGGUUUGGUGGAUUUGCCGGAAAUCCUUACAACUCCAUGGGUGGUGGAUUUUCUGUUGCUACCCCUUUUCAGCAGCCAGUUAUAUAUGGAAGGGGUCCAAUGCCAACAGGGAUGCAUAUGGUACCAAUGGUUCUACCAGAUGGUCGAAUUGGUUACGUUCUCCAGCAGCCCGGAGUACAGUUGCCACAGGCUCAACCUCGGCCUAGGAGAGUUGAUCGGAGCAAUGGUCCAAGUGGGCCUGGGCGAGCUGGAAGUAGCGGGGAUGAUGGCAAUCGUGGCAGAAGAUACCGACCAUAUUAGCCUGAGGUGUAAAAAUGUGUCCUAGUUUUGGCCGACGCUAUGCAGAAAACAUUAUAACAGAGCAAUGGCUCAUUCCCACCCCAAAUUUCUCUAGAAUUUCUUUGAAAAGAAUUGAAAAAGAGAAAAUAUUAGAAUUAGGAGUAUGAAGUAUUCUGUGAGUUGAAUGUGACAUGGGAUGACAGACAGUAUUUAUUAAUUGGCAUUGUCUUAUCUCAACCAGCUUAAAUGAAAAAAAGAAAAGGAAUUAGCUUUCA